AUGAGUAUAAAUAGUAACCAUAUCUUCCCAGAAGUUAACAGUCAUUCGAGCGAGAAGAAGGCUGAUGGGAAAACCUUAGUCGACAAAAAAGAAAAGAGAGGAUUAUUGGAUUUGGGCUAUGGAGGAGGAAGUUUUGGAGGACAUGAUUUGGGUAGUGAUAUUGGAGGAGGUUUAGGACAUGGAUUUGGAGGAGGACUUGGUGGAGAUUUGGGACAUGAAUUAGGAGGAGAACUUGGAGGUGAUUUAGGACAUGGAUUAGGCGGAGGACUUGGUUCAGGUGGAUUUGGUGCAGGAGGAUUUGGAGGAGGAGGAUUUGGUGGAAGCAUUGAAACUCAAGAACAUGUUAAGCACAUCACCAUUCACAAGGAAACACCUUAUCCGGUACCACAUCCAGUUCCUUAUCCAGUUGAGAAAACUGUACCAUACACAGUGAAAUAUCCAGUUCAUGUACCAGUAGAUAAACCAUACCCAGUUCAUGUGCCAAACCCAUACCCUGUCCCAGUCGAUAAACCUAUUCCAUACACUGUUGAAAAGACCGUCCCUUACCCAGUUAGUGUACCUGUAAAAGUUCCAGUCCCACAUCCAUACCCAGUACCAAUUCCAAAACCAGUCCCAUAUACUGUUCACAAGCAAGUCCCAUACCCAGUCAAGGUACCAGUCAUCGUUCACAAGAAGAUUCCAAUCUACGUCAAGGGACACGAUAGUGGACUUGGAGGAGGUUUCGGAGGAGAAAUUGGAGGCGGAUUCGGUGGAGGACAUGGUUAUGGACACCACUAG